AUGGAGGACCUAGUAGCAGCUGGGCACCUCCGGGAUUACAUUGAUCAGGAUAAGGAAGUGACCGAAUCGAGGAACCCACCACCAAAACUGAAUAUUGAGCACCCACCUCGGUUGAUAAUAAAUGUGAUCCAUGGAACAGCGACUCAGGAACCUGAGGAGACACUGAAAGAAGAGAUUGCUAAGGCUAUGCAAAUUCAGCAGGUCAUGUCAGUAGAGCCUGCAUCGAAAAAGGUACGCACGGUAUCCAAAUCCCCUUUGUGCACUGUUUUAUUUACUAGAAAAGAUUUAGAAGAUCAAGGCAGUGCAGCAGACAUAUUGUAUUAUGACUUGUUCAGAAAGCUUGGUCUCUCCGAACAACACUUCAUCCCAGCGGCAACUCUGUUAGUAGGCUUCAACUCACAACCAGAAUGGCCGCUUGGCAGAAUAGUGUUUCCAGUUGUGGCAGGAACAAAAACCUUCCAGAUAGAGUUUCUAGUUAUUAAUACACCAUCCCCUUACAACGCCAUACUUGGUCGUCCAUGGAUUCAUCAAAUGGAGGCAGUCCCUUCAACCUACCACCAGCUCAUCCAUUUCCCAACGGAAUACGGAGUAGAGCAGAUCUCAGGGGAUCAAGUUGCGUCCAAACAUUGCUUCAUAGCGGUACUAAAGGCAAAGCAACUCUGCAACCGGGUACAAACAGUGGAACUGGCUGAACAGCCAGUCUUGGAAGAUGUAGGGAGAGCCCCAGAGGAAAAGAUAGUAGAGGAUUUGGAGAAAGUCCUGGUAAAUAAAGAUGAUCCAGAAAAGUACUUCCUUAUCGGUACCUCGCUAGGCGCUGAUGAGAAACUUUAG